CGCUCGGUCGCUCAGUUCCCUUCGUGAGUUCAAACCGUACGGUCGUGGAAAAUCCAAAAGCGAUCCAGACACGCGAGAACAAGUGUUUUUCCGGAUUUUUCGCCACCCACCAAGUGGAUACACAUACAAGUGCACAUAUGCCAAGCGCGUUCGUUACUUAAUGCGCAGGAAAAAAUAAUCCACCUAAAAGAGUCAAAAUUUCAAGUGUGUUAACAAACAAUGAAAAGUGUGUUGCAUCGAAAGAUCUAAAAGUGUAAAAAAAAAGUCAAAAGUUGAGUGAUCACACAAAAAAGGCAAAUUUCAAAUUAAUUAAGGAAGAAAAAAAAGAGAACAGAAAGUUUCAUCUCCGACUUUUCGCAUCGAACCGGUGACAGGAACAACCGUGACAUUGGAGCCCAAAGGCGGUCCCGUGACAACCUCGUGGUACACAACGGAUCCCUUACCGCAACCACCACCGUCACCAAGGUCCGUUAGGUCAAGACCGGAUCCGCACCCACUGGCAGCACUGCCCCUCGGACACGAACCGGCCCUACGGCACUAGUGCUAACGCGCUGGCAACGCCCACGACGAUGGCCACCAAGGCGGACGGAACCGGUGGCGUCGGCGGUCCCCGGAACAACGGCCACGAGAUGGCCCCGCUUAACACGAGGGCCCGCGGCGACGGAACGCACGGUGUAACCAUAAUGCUGUCCCCGCCGGAUCGCAGCUCGGUGGGGUCCCGGGAGGGAGCUGGCCUCCCCGACGGCGAUCCAGACCGGGCGGCCUGGUCCGGCAAGAUGCAGUUUUUCCUCAGUAUUAUCGGAUAUUCCGUCGGGUUGGGCAACAUCUGGCGGUUUCCGUACCUGUGCCAGCAGAACGGCGGAGGCGCCUUUCUCAUCCCCUUCAUGGUGAUGCUGAUUCUGGAGGGAAUCCCGCUCUUCCUGAUCGAGCUCGGGAUGGGCCAACGGAUGCGGCUGGGCGCCCUCGGCGUGUGGAACACGAUACACCCCUGGCUGGGUGGCAUCGGCAUCUCGUCCUGCAUCGUGACGCUGUUCGUGGCCAUCUACUACAACGUAAUCAUCACCUGGUGCUUUUUCUACUUCUUCAACAGCUUUAGGGUCACCCUCCCGUGGUCCACCUGUCCCCAGUUCAACGGCACCGACCUGCCCGAGUGCGAGCGGUCCUCGGAGACGGCGUACUUCUGGUACCGGACCACGCUGGACGCAUCGCCCAGCAUCGAGGAACCGGAGGGCUUCAAGUGGUGGAUCGUGCUCUGCCUGCUGCUGUCCUGGACGGUGGUGUUCUUCAUCGUGAUGAAGGGCAUCCAGAGCUCGGGCAAGGUGGUCUACUUUACGUCGCUGUUUCCGUACAUCGUGCUGACCAUCUUCUUCAUCCGCGGGAUCACGCUGGAAGGGGCUGGGGCGGGCUUGAUGCACAUGUACACGCCCAAGGUGGAGAAGCUACUGGAACCGACGGUGUGGCUGGACGCGGCCACGCAGGUGUUUUACUCGUUUGGGUUGGCGUUCGGGUCGUUGAUCGCGUUCGGCAGUUACAAUACGCCGAAGAACAACUGCGUGCGGGAUGUCAUUCUGGUGUCGGUGUGUAAUGCCUUCACGGCGGUCUACGCCAGCGUCGUGAUCUUCGCCAUCCUCGGUUACAAGGCCACCGUCGGAGUGGAUCGGUGUAUCACGGUGAACAAACACAUCCUGAUCAAGCACGGGUUGCUUCCGUCGGUUCACGUGGACAAUGCCGAGUACGAACGGGUUAUGCACGGGCUGGACCCGGUUGCGUCGGCCAACUGGACGUUGGAGCACUGCAGUCUUGAAGAUCAGCUGGAUAGUGCCGCCGAGGGCACCGGUCUCGCCUUCAUCGUCUUCACCCAGGCAAUCGUGCAGCUCCCAGGAGCGCCCUUCUGGGCGGUUCUCUUCUUUACGAUGCUGUUAUCGCUCGGACUCGGUUCCCAGAUCGGCAUCCUGGAGGGUAUGCUGUGCACGAUAUUCGACAUCGACAUCUUCAAGCGGAUUCGGAAACCGUACGUGACGGGUGUGGUCUGCGUGUUCUGCUUCUCGAUCGGAUUGAUCUUCACCACCGGAGCCGGCGAGUACUGGCUCAAGAUGUUCGACUCGUUCGCUGGAACGAUCGGGUUGGUCGUGGUGGCUCUCAUGGAGACCAUUGCCGUCAUCUACAUUUACGGACACAAGAAGUUCACUGAGGACAUCUACCAAAUGACUGGAGUCCGACCUGGAAUCUACUGGCAGAUGACGUGGAGGUACAUCGGUCCGGUGAUCAUGACCGGUAUCCUGAUAUCUUCAGUACUGAGUAUGAUCCUCAGCAGUCCCAAGUAUUCCGCGUGGAACGGUGAACUGGGUAUCACCGAGAACAAAUCCUACCCGGACUGGGUGAUGGGGAUCGCCCUGGCCAUGAUCCUGGCGUCCGUGCUUCCGAUGCCGGUGGUGUUCCUGCUGCGCCGGUUCCAGAUCCUCAAGGUCGACCUGGACAUCCACCAGGGCUCGAUCCGGCGUAACGAGACUACGGCGUCCACCAAGGAGAUGAUCGACGAGGACGACGACGACGAUGACGAUGAUUUCAGCGGGCCGGCCCUCGGAGGUCCGGUGAACGUGCGCAGCGACAGUGACGACGAGGACGAGCCGCCGACCAUCGGCAAGAUGCUGGCCAAGCAGGGCCAAACCCCGAAAGCCCAGACGUUCCAGUUCAAGAACCAGCACCACCUGACGGCGAACCCGUUGGCGGCGAGCCCGGCCCGGAAGAAACCCUUUAGCAUGGAGGUGAUGGACCUGUAGGGCGAUGACGCGCGAAGGGAAGGAGGUGGAGGGGCAGCAGCAGGGCCAGGGGACUAUUACACUAGUACUACUUAAUAUUACCACAAGCUCAGCUAUAUUUUUAUACUGUUUUUUAGAUUUCUAACUAGAAGUGUACAGAAUGAGAAAAAGAAUAACGUUUUCGCUUCUUGUGUGAGAGAUUAUGGCUUUUUGGAAAUAGGUUUCAGUGUAUUUUUGAUUGAUUUUAGUUUCGAUUCUAACCUUAAUCAGUUGUUUGUACAUAUGAAUGUAAAUUAGUAAGGAGGUAAACUUGAAGCAAAUGUAACGAAGAAAGAGGAAAUCCCGUAAUGAUAAGCGUAAUGUUAGUAAAAAUUGCAACCAAAAACCUGUGUAGUCACUAGUAUUACUUAAAGGCCAAAAAGAGAAAAUUAGAAAUAGUUCGGUACUUACAGAAAAUCACGUAAGCGUACCAACGCGAGAGGUGUGAAAAUCUCUCUCCCAACUAAAAUUCCGUUUUCGCUCUUUCUUUGCUUCUCUCUUUCUCUUCCCGCGCAGCUGCGUUCUCUCGCAGUUUCCAUGAGUUUCGCGCUCUACAGACUUUCUGCAGCUGCUGCAGAGUAUGUGCAAGUACGAAAGUUAACUUAAUUUAUUUGGUUGGCUCGUGUGGUUUCUGAACAUCAUCGUUAUCAAUCGUCGAAAGCCUCUUCCCGAUUUUUGAAAAUGAAUAACAAAACUAUAAUUUUAUCGACAACAGCAACAACAAAGAAAUACAAACGAAAACAAUAAGCUUAACAAGAUAACUUGAUAUUACUCAAAACCAAGCAUACAAAUGUUAGUUAUACUGGAGCGAACAAAAAGUAACCAAAAAAUUGUGUAAUUGAUUUUCUAAACGGAAAGGUAGUCUUGUUCAAGUUGAUCCACGAAUUUAUUUCCGCGUUUUUGGUUUGUAAUAGGUGAUAUAAUUUGUAAGUAUCGAAAGCGCGUUUAACAAAAAAAACAUGUGUAGAAGAAGUAAAAAUCAAACGAAAAAUGGAAAGAAAAAAGUAUUUCAAAUUACCGUAGCCACUGAGAGCAACUUAUGAGAGACGUGAGAUUAGGUGUUAGUCUUAAAUAAAAUCUGACAAAAAAUAUCAUUAGUAGUAAAAGGAUGGUUCUUUUGUUAUCCAUAGCUUAAGCCAUGGGUGUAAUAUUUCGAUAAAGGCAACUGAAGCAACUUUGGAGCGAUUUUAUUUAAGUUUUAAAAAGAAAUGUUACACAAAAUCUGACUUGCACACAUGCACAACUACAAAAAUACGAGCAGCAUACAGUUGUACAUAAUGUUCCUUUCCCUCUAAGUUAUUCGAUAAAACUAUUUAUUUUCUAGCGAAGAAAUUACUGACACAAGGAAAAGGAUGAAAAACAAUAAACAUUGUGAUCAAUACUAUAUUUAAUAAAAAAAAAAAACAAGAAGAGAGUGUAGCUUGUAAGUUAAUGUUUUAAGAGUUAAGUCCCCCAAAAAAAGUAAAAAAAAAAACGACUCUAUAUUAGAACCACGCUAUACUUUACGUGCAAAAAUAACACUGAGAAACAAAAACAUAAAACAAAAAUAUCACUCCUCCACGAGUACCUUAACCACACUAACACACACACACACUGAAAGAAAAACAUGAACAAACUUUGUCUAGAACGUACUUUGAUGGAUAAGCAUUACACAAAAACACAAAACACACUCUCUCACGAAACUCUUACACGCGCAGUCACUCACACUCACACGAAUCGUAUGCCCUAUUGUUUGUUAAACUGACGCUAACGCUUAGGCUUUAGUAAACAAAAAACAAAAACAAAAAAAGGUGUCACUCGCUUGGCGCAGUGACGCCGACGAAAACGAUUUUUGCUCAUCAAGUAUUAUCUCACUGCUGUUUUGUUGUCUUUUUUUUCUAUUGUUUCUGUUUUUGUUUUGUUCAAACCGAUUUUUAGAUGCAAUAUAUGAGAAAAUGGAACAAUCUUGAAAUUUUUAUAGCACUUGCGAGUAUAAGGUGUGUUUUUUGGAAACAAAAAAAAUGAUGCAAAGCAAUAUGCGAAAUUUGUUUCAUUCUAUAUGAACGCUAAAAAAUGCACUCUAAGCUCAAAUCUAGAGUUUUUUUGAUAAGGUCCUUUAAACAUAUGAAAGACAAUAGUUUAUUGGUCCUUUUCAAAAAGAAGUCUGGAAAUUUAACUUGUGCUGAGCCUAACAAAAUUAAAUAAAUUGUAGGGAAAAUAAUUUAAACGACGAUAAGCUGUUCAUUCAAAUUGAAUUGUGAAGGAUUCCUCUCAGAAAGAAAUUCGCUCUUCGGUUAUCACUCAAAUCUUCUCUUCUUCUGAGAGUUUCAUUUUAAAUGGGAGAGCGUGAGAACUGUAGAGUUGUUGGGAAUCUGAGACAAGCAAAUUUUUAAGGACAGUUUACGUUCACUAACAAAGUAAGAAAUCUUCCAUAAUAUUUCUUGUCAUGUGUAUGUUGAAAUAACGAGUAUAUUUUCAUUGAACACAAACACAUACAAACACACGCAGAAUCAUUAAGUAAAACUAAAAAUAUGAAACAAAGUAACGACUGUGAGCGAACCUAGCGUUAAGGCCAAACUUAUACCCUGACAUUAUUGUUAUUAUUUCAAUAAUUGACAAAUUAACUACAAAAACCCAUGUUAAAACUAACGUCAACCCCAACACAGAAAACACUCACACACACAACAGAAGCAAUUACAAGUCCAACACAGGCAAAAUCCCGCAACCCCGAAAAUGUUCGAAAAUCAGGCAAAUCUUGUUGGAAAAUUUAGACUAAUCACAAGCACUAGCGAAAAUAGAUAGAGCAUCAAAUAAGCUGAGAAAAAAAUAACAAAUCCUUACGUCAAUUGCUUAACCGGAGAGACAAACGAACGCUACCAUAAAACAGUUAAAAAUCAACCGAAAUCGCAGCAUUUACCAAUUCGCAAUUUCAUCGUUAAAAUUCUUUUAAUCGCUGCAAAAGUUUGACAGAAUUGCAUUUUAAACUCUCGUGAACGCUCCGUUUUGAGAGAGCCUAAAACAGCUCACUCUCUCGCUUCGAAGCGAGAGAGAGUCAAAGUUACGCUCUCUGUGAGGAAGCUGCAGAGAGAACAAUAGUGAUGGGCGCUGCCCAGAAGUUCAAGAAUGCAAUUCUGUCGACUGCGGGUGCUCUGCAAUAAUCUUCGUUAUUGAUUUCUUCACACCAUGAAUGACGAUUGAAAUUAAAAGACUCGAUAGCAACCAGGGUGAUUCAAUUCAUUACUGUUUUUAAUUUUUCGUAUUUCGAAAACUCGCAAAAGAGAGAUAAAAUCAUCCUCAAGAAAAAACACAUACACUGGUUUACACUACUUGUAAUUAGAAGAAAAAAAACGUUUAACAAA